GUCUGUUGUCUGUCAGGCUGGUAGUUUUUCUGCUCCCCUACCCAACCCACGCCAACGGCGCGCUUUCAUUCGCCGCCCACCUGCCGUCGUAAGUCUUCCCCGCCACCUCGUGCCAACAACCAUGUCGCCUGCAGGGCCAACAAUCAUGUCGCCUACAGGGCCAGGCUGACCAACGUAGAGCAUCCAUCAUUCGUUUUACAACCUCGCUCACCAGACAGAUCGACACGUCAACGUCAACAAUGCUCACUGAAUAUAAUGGCGAAGCCUCUGACAUGGAGGACACCGGCGCUGGACCGUCGAGAUGGACUGCUGCCGCGGGCUCACUUCCUGUGGCGAAAACUACGUCCACUCUUCCAAGUCGCCAUCCUUACGUCCCUGGUCAAGACGGAAGCGAGGGGAUUAAAUAGCGGCAAGGUUGCUACCGUUGCGGACUCGGAAGCUGCCGUGAACGACAUGCUGGCGCGCAUGGACGACAUAGGCCCUACUAUCGAGGCGCUACGUGAGCUGCUCAACCGUAUUCACGGGCUGGAGUUGCGCGUAGUCGAUAGGGACGCCCAGUGGGAAGAUUUGGUUGCGAUCGAGGCGAGGCUAGAGGAUCUGCCUGCCCGUCUUGGUUCUCUGGAGUCGCGCGUAAACGACAGAGACACCCAGCUCGGGAGUUUGGCACGCUCCGUUAUCGCGGCGCUGGGACCGGUCACUACGCAGGCGCACAGACAGGAGUCUUGA